CUCUGCGUCAGUACGAUACGCAGAACGGGACAGCGCGGAGCAGGUCCGCCCGUCGUCCUCCCCCCUUUCCCCUCCAUCCAGUUAUAUCCAGGCGAGAUCCCCGACCGACGCGACGCGUUUCUCGGUCGCUGUCCAAGCCGAGCCUUCGCCGUCGCGAGUCGCACCGACGCGGAACAAUCCCGAUAUUCUACAGCCGUCGACGAGGAGGCAAGCGCGGCGUCGCCGUGGAAAAAGUCAGCGGGGAAAGCGGAGCGGAGUCUCUUUGUUCGGCGCGACCGACUCUGCGCAUAGACUGACAGCGGCAGCGCGCACGGCGCAGCAUUGUUUGUGUUUUGUGUCGCGCGGCUGGUUCGGCAUUCUCCCUUUUCGUCGCGGCCCUCUUCACGCGAGACGACAGUGUCGUCCCGCCCGGACAAGUCGUUCGGAUUCCCCCAGGAGGUAGCCAGGGACGAAACGAAACGGGACACGGAUCUCGCCUUCUCGCCGCGGCCGUCGCCGAUGAACGACGGUGACGGUGUCGCUCGAAUCGAGAAGCGAGCGAACGAGAGAGCGACGGAGUGCGAGAGAGCGCGGCGGCGGCGGACGCGGUGGCGUAACGCGGCGCGCGAGUGCUUUGUUUUGCCGAGCAGCUGAUCCGACAUUCGACAUCCGACGCGACGGCAGCUACGCUCGCGACGACGAGCGCGUUGGCGUUUAUCUCCGGCGCGCCAGCGUGAAUCGUCCGUGCCCUCCGGCUCACUCUCGCCUCGCCUCGCGCGCGACACCCCGACGCGUAGUCGGGCACCCGGAAGAGAUCUCCCCCGGGAGGCGGGAGCAAGCGCGUUCGCCCUCGACGAGGCGUUCCUCGACAGCAACAACGCGUGUGACAGGACUCGACCACGGCGACGCGACGAAACGGUCGGAAAUCGUAGCCGUCGGAUCGUCAAUCGGAGCGGCGGCGACGACUGGCCCCCAGUGCUCCGAAUCGAUCGCCGACCCUUCGCGUUGCCAGAUUUUCGUCAAGUCUGACGUAGCGCGACGCUUCGAGGGUGUAGAAACCAAAUCGAUUUUAGCGAUCGGACGCUCCGCGGGGAGGGAAUAGCGGUGGUGAGCGUGACGAAGGGAUCUGGGAUCGAGGUCCCGAAGAGUGCCGCGCGCGGUUUCGACGGACUGUGAUCGUGACGGUCAAGUGUUUGGAUCCCGUCAUCCUGGACGCUCGCUGGAAUCAAGCUCGAUGACGUGAACCGUCGGGGGACUGCAUCGGCUUUGGGAGCGGGGAGGUUAUGACAUAAGGUACGAGGUACGAAGGUACGACGACCGGCAUUGCUCGUCACUGUCGUUCACUGGUCGAGGCGAAUUUUAGAGCGACGCGACGUCCCGACGCGUCGGACCCCGAGGAACAAAGGAAACGACGCCGACGCUGCUCGAAGACGUUGACGAUCGGGAAUCGAGGAUCCCGGCCACUUCCGAGCGAUCCGGGUCUCGCGCGCGCGAGAGAGAUACCUGGAUGAUACUCUGCGACGCGGCGCGAUUCUCAGAGGCUUUGUCCCGGGAUCGACGGCGAGGAUCGCGGCGUUGAUCGAUGCGGCAUAGUCACGAGGGGGCCGUCCUCGCGAACGAUCGAGAACGUGGGGUACGGCCCCGAUCGAGCUGACUAAAGGAAACCGUCCGAGCCGAGGGCCAAUCCUGCUGCUGAUAGGGCCCGCGGUGGAGAGAGGGAUCCGCGACGGGGAUAAUACUACUUGGGCUACUAUUCUAGCAGUUUCUCCUGUUGUCGUUGUGUCGCCAUAAAGGCGCCUAUCCACGAGACGCAACAUGCUCUUCAUCUUCCACGUUGAUACCGGCACCACCAUCACCUUCGACAUCAAGCUGGCACUGCAAAGUGUCAGCCAGCUGAUGGAGGCGAUCGAGAGGGAAUGUGGUGUGGUAGCGGCGCAUCAGGUGCUGCUCAUGAGCGGAGGCGAGUGCUUGGAACCACAUGCACGCGUGUGCUCCUACUCGGCUGGAACCGACACGAAUCCGAUCUAUCUGUUCAGCAAGGCCGCCAUUGAGAGUAGCCUUCCGCCCACGCCGAGUAUAGAUUACGGUUCCGAUGUCGACCUGCAGACUCAAAUCGACGCCUCGCUGGCGAUGCCAGCCACCUAUCAGACCCUUUGCGCACGUGCCCAUUUGGCUCAGCAGUGUUGCGGCCUGGCGCGAGAGCAGACGAGGAUCUGCGAGAGGCUGGUUCACGAUCAGCAUCUCCAGCAGCAGGGUUGGGCAGCGGUAGUAGCCAAUCUCGAGGACAUCACGCAUAUGUUUCAAUCACGAGCCGACCAGUUCCAGCAGGCCUUUGUCCUGUACCUGGCCGAGAGGCAGCAGCAUAUGAAGCUUCUUGAUAAUUUUAGCAGCGAUCUCGGUACUCUUGCGAAAAUUCCAAUUUUGCCGGCCUUGAGAGCUCAAGCCGAAGGCUUGUUGAGUCCGGAUGAUCAACCGAGUCAAACCUCCGAAACGUCGGAGGAUAGUGGAGAAGUGCUGAGUCUGCUACGAUGGAUCUCGGCGAAAGACAAUCAGAGCAGCCUGGAGCAAGUGGCAGAGCAAUGCUCGCGUGGCCUGGAGCAGUUCGAUGAACGAUUGAUGCAGGCCUUGAAAGCGGAAGUGAACGCGGCCAUCGAUAAUGCUAACAAGCAAGAUAUGAAGGAGAUCAAGGGCCUAGGUGAGAGGCUGUUUGCUCUUGAACAGCUGAUGGUGCAGACCAAGAGGCUCGUUCACGAACAGGGUGAGCUUGCUCAGGGUUUUCUGCAGAAUCAGAAUCGCGCGAGCAAUUUGGGCGACGCGAGCGUCCUGCCAGAUCUUUGCAAUUCUCACCGCCGGCAGUUGCUCGUCAUGUUGCAAAAUCACAACCAGUUGCGGGACAUCCGCCGCAGAUGCACCAAGGCUAAGGAGGAGCUGUCGGUGAAUAUCUAUCAUCGCCUGAAGUGGAUCAUGUACGUGGAAAACAAAAUGGUGGAAGUAGGCAACAAGCUAAUCAUAUAUCACGAGAGCUUGAAGCGGUUGCGACGACAUCUGGAGGUGCUCCAACAGAUCCACUUGGCUCCGCAAAUGUACAUGAGCGCGGUGGUUGAAGUUGUUAGGAGGCGCACCUUCUCGCAGGCUUUCCUCGUAUGGGCAGGCAAUCUGGCAUGUCAGCUGUUGACCGUUCACAACGAAGAGUUGGCGCGUAGGCGAGAGUUUCAGAGCAAAUUUGAUGGCCACUUCUUGAACACUCUCUUCCCAGGUUUGGAGGACACGCCACCGCCCUUCGCAACGCAAGCACCUUCCGUCUUUGACAACGGGCUACCUAAGUUAACCGCGGACGACAUGGAAUCAUUGAGGUCGCAGCUUCCGGACUUGGCGCUUACGAUUUCUACGCCGGAUUUACGCAGUAUCACGCAAUUCUUCUUAUCCAAGAGCUUUACCGAAGGCAGCACCGAUGGCAACAAGGAGAAGGACAUCACAUCGGUGAGCACAGAUAUGCCCACAAAGGAACAAGAGCGUACUAGAGCGCCGUUGUUGUCGGACAGGGGCGAUUUUGAAUCCGAAACCGACACGGAGGAAUUCGAGAAGAUUGGUCAAGCCGGCGUGGACGUGACCAAACCCGGCGUAUUCGACGGGGCGAAACAGAAACGGCAGAAGCAAUUGGAGGUUGGUGCCUCUCGAAGCGUGUCCCCCGCUUCCUCGACCUCGACUAACGUCUCCCCGCUAAACUCGAAAGUCGCGGACUUAACAACGCGUUCGUCUACGUCAAGCGAACCCGGCUCUUUCCAAUUUCCCAGCCUGUCCGCCACGAGCGAGCGCCCGGUGCAGCUAAGUCCGCUGACCGAGUGUGUGGAGAACGGUGUCGCCGAUUCUUCCAGUUGCUUGCUUCGCAGUGGUGUAAGCGGCCUCUCGAACUAUCGCGACGCCCUGCCGCUCGAGGAGCAACAUUCCCUGAGUCCGAAUCCCCCCUCCUUGCCACGAUCCUCCGUCAUGUGCGACGGCCAGCAUCAGCAACAUCAACAUCCGCUAUCCGGUAGCGGUGGUAGCAGUCCCUCCGUAGGCGUGGGUGCUACCGACUUCAUGGGUACCGAGUUUUACAUGGACGAAUCUCUGCCGAGCAGCCUCAGCGAGCAUCCCGCCGACGGUCAGCAUCAGGCUAUCGUGUCCCUUCUUCAGGAGAAUCUCGGUAACACGCGUGAAGAAGUGGAAAGGUUGCGGUCCAUCCUGAAGACUAUGAAAACGGUCGUAUGCGAGGAGCUUAGUUCUGUUCGGAAUGAAUUGGCGAUUCUGCGAGAUCGGUCUAGCGAGGACAAGAGCGGCAUCAUCGAGAUGACAGAACGCGUUCGAGUGGCAUUGUCUUUGCAUUCGCGAGAGUAUGACCGACGUCUUCAAGAACGUGAGCAGGAGCUGACGAUCGAGCAUGAGUACGAGGUAGCUGAUGUCAAAAAACUGAUGCAGAGUCGCGAAGAAGAAAUCUGCACGCUUAAGCGUAAUCUCCUGGAAAAGGAAACCGAACUGGCGGAACACGAACGACUGGUAGCUACGAUGCGUCAAAAGUUGGAAGACGAGCAGAUCGAGAGGAGGAACCUGCAGACUCGUCUACAUCAACAACUCGAGGACUAUUCGAGGAUACUGGAGCAAGCGCGCAUAGACAAGGAAGAGGCUGUGAAGAAGACGAAUGACGAGAGAUUCCUCGAGAUCACUUCUUUAACGAAUUCAUUGACCCAAUGCCAGACACGAAUUCAAGAACUGGAGGAGAAUCUGGCUACCGCGCGUACUGAUCAGGAAAGAAUGGUAAAAGAGGCGACCGACAAGUUGCAGAUAGAAUAUAAGACGGAAUUAGAAACAAUUCGAAGCCGCUUUAAACUUAUGACCGCUUCUACCAUGGAAAGGAGUCCCAGCGAUUCUAGUUUGGAGAAGAUUGAACGGACAGACGUUAUCGAGCUCGUGAAUCACGAGGCGAUCCUGGCGCAAGCGAGAGAAGAUAUGAAAGUUGAGAAUGCCAUGGCAGUUCGUACUGCUAUUGAAAAGGAAAGGGCUGAUUGUAUGGCGAAAUUGGAUAACGAAUUAAGAUUGGCAAAGGCAGUAGUCGAAGAGAAAAAUAGGGAAAUAGAGAUGUAUAGAAUGAGAACAGCUGCGUUGUUUGAACAGGGCAAACAUUAUAAGAACAUGAUAGAUCGAUUAAUUGGAGAAUUCGAACUGAAAUCAGAGAUACAGCAAAACUUGAUGGAGAAGAUGAAAAACCUUGAAGCGGACAAGGCGUGGUUGGAGAACAAAGAAUCCGCAGAGAAGGCAAUGCGAACGGUCUUGGAACAAAACGAAGAUAACAUGUAUCCUCUAGAAUCUGGAGUAUGCAAGGACUUGAGCUACGAUCGGUUGGAUGCCGGUCAAAUUGGUCUGGAAGAUGUCUUCAAGGAAUCCGAAAAAUAUGAGGUUGAAGUUUCAGAAUCAAAGAAAGUACGAUUGGAGGCUGAUGAUGAUGAUCUGGCUCGGCUAUCGAGGCGACUUGAAUCUCUCGAGAAUGAUAACAAGAGGCUGUCCUGCGAGCUAAAUUCGAUACGCGCGAGUAAAGUGGCGGCCGAAGCAAAAAUGGAGGCGUUAAUGACAGAUAAAAUCCGUUUGGAGCUCGAAUUACUGAAAGAGCGAACCAAGAGGACAUUUGGUAUUGACCCGAUGCCGUCAGAGUCCCGCGAUAAGGAAAUGAAUGCGUCGGUUGCUGUGGUUUCGGACGCCAAUUCAAGGGACGCGGCCACGAGUCCAGAGCUAAGUCGACGAUCAUCUUCCAAAUCGAUAUGCUUCCAUCCCUCCCUUCCCUCGUACAUACAUAAGAAGGUCGCAGAAAAAGUCGGAAAGAUGGUGCAACAGGGAAUUGUGACCGUCACUAGCUGCAAUCCGGGUGACGUGGUACUCGUAGUCUGGGAUGCUGUACAUGGCAACUACGCGGUAUAUCAGGAAUCUUCGACUUUUUAUUUCCUUCAUUCGGACUAUGUUGACGCACUGGACGUAGGAAUGAAUCCGAGCGGUUCUCGGAAAUGCGUCCUCGCUGAAGUGAUCGAUAAGGAGUACUGUCAUGCGAGGAAGCAUGAAAAUCGGUAUCACGUCCCACGUGGCACAAAAUUCUACAGAGUGCGCGCUAAGCCACGAGAUGCACGCGCGCUGACAGACGAGACAGGUUCGAUGUCGAAGAGUCAACUACCGUAAUUUUACGUUCAGACUGUGUCGAGAAUCCCUUGAUUCUUGCCUAGUACAAGCGCUGUGAUCGAGGGUUUGCGUCGGCAGGCCGCGUUCGUUAGGGGACCAGCGACCCGGAACGCAAAUCCCGAACUUACGUCUCCGCAACCAUCCGGAAACCUCGGAUCUAGGCCAAAACCUGCCAGAGCCUCUAGACGCAUCCUUGAUAUCGAUGAACGCUGGGGGAGGGGGUGACCCAUGGAAAGAGGUAUGCGCAAGUUGGGUAACAUGAAAUGAGACGGAAGGAUGCGCCGGCGUUUUAUUGUGAUAUAAGUAAUUUUUAAACGAGUGAAACAUAUUUGCCGAAUGCUGUGGUUAGCUGUGAAGCGUAACGAUAUUUGUAUUCUUCGACUUUCCUUUUUUCAUAAACGAAAAAAAAAAACAAAGGCAUGUGAGUGUCGUCGACGAUUUUCUCUUUCAAUAAUUCGAAUAGGCUGACCAGUGUAUGAGAGAGGGAUUGUUAAACUUCAAUAUUAGAUGUACAAUGCGGGAAGACGAAAGCGUGUCCCACUAGACGACGUUCAGCUUCCUCUCUCCGCAUUCCGAUAAUUAUGUUUGCAUUGUGUGAGACAAGAAAAUGUAGCUAUAAGUUUUACAAAACCGACAUAUUAUGGGAACGUGCGAUUUAUAUAUCGUGAAUGUAUUAUAAAUAUAAUAUUAUAAAUAUAUACAUAUAUAAUCGCAUUCGGUUACAUAUAUAAU